AUGUUCGCCGACAUACAAAAGACUCCAACAUCAGAUGAAAAUAUUCAGCAUAGAAUGGAAGAACUGAAAGAAAGUGUACGCAAAUACAACAAUCCUUUUUACUUACGACCAUAUAACGUUCAAUCUUUGGCUGAACUCGGUGAAAAUAAAAGGUUAAAUUUCAACAAAACAUAUAGAAAUGAAACAUUGUUUAAAGUUCAUUCAGAACCUAACCAAUAUGGAAACAAACCUACUUUUGUUUCUGCAGACUAUGGAACUACAAUGAGAUGGGGUCAUAAAGCUAAUCCGGAUAGGUGGUUCAUAAACUUACAACCACAAUUCCAAGAAGUUGUAGACGCAAUGGAAGUGAAUGGUGAACCAGAUAUAGCUGGUAUUUUCAGCGCGGCUUUAAUGCCAUUGAAAGAUAUGAAACAUGCAGAUAUUUUGGACCAGUAUGAAAUGAACAUGGCUGAUGGAAAUAUAACACCUGACGUUCUAGAACAUUUAUCUCAAAGAACUACACAGAACCAUAGAGAUGGUAUAUUUGGUGAAGAGUUUAGAAAGAAAGUUAGGGAGAUAGAAGGAAGAGAACCUAUUGUACAUGACCUUGCAAACGAAAGUUUACAAAAUGUCAUAAAAACUUACUUUGCAGACAAUGAACUGAGAAGGGAUGAAUAUUUAAGAAAACUCAAAUGGACAGUACCAAAUGAAAUGUUAGUAUUGAAAAACAUGUUCCUUGACAAAAUAAAACCAACUACAGAAAUAAAUGACGCAAGACUGAAACAUUGGGUAAAAGCUUUCCCAUUCACAAAAGAUAUUAUUGGUAACAUGGAAAGAAAACCAGAAUGGCUACAAAAACAUAUAUUUGGAAACGAGCUUAUUCCAUAUGGACAAGCUCUGUUUGAAGAGCUUGAACCGGAAACUCAGGAAAGAGUCAUGCAAACAAUACGCGAAGACUCAAAUACAAACUAUGACAAAAUCUUUCUAGGAUAUAGGUUACCUGAGAUGGGCGACCAGAGCCCAAAGGCAAAAAGGACAUGGGAAAUUUACAACAUACUAGGUGAACAUGAGGCAAAGAUGCAACAA